AUGGCCUUUUUCGACCCCAACCACAUCUGCUGUACCUGUCUCCCACUUGGCUGCUCGGCGCGGCAGUUCCAGAAGAACGGAGAAACUCACACCGGACGUCUUUUCCAUUGGACAAAUUAUGACCGGCAUUUGAAAGCUUCCGAAGCUGCAGCAUCAUCAAACACCGGUGCACUUCCCAGCACAUCAACAUCCCAUCAUGCAUCUUUCAAUCCCGAGAUGCCAGUCACAACGGCAGAUACAUUUGACCUUUCUGGCAUCAAGGUCGGCGAUGCCAUACCAUCCAAACAAAAACGUGGUCGAAGUCCGGAUAGUACAGAGCUACCCUCAACGACUCAACGUACAGACGAGAGACCUCUCCGGAAGGUCCCACGACUGAAGGCCCCUGAUGCCCAGCGGGUUGAACUUCCUCUCAAUUCAAUUGAGCCUUCUCAACAUGUACCUCACCAAACCAAUCCACACCUUGUGGCGAAACCUGGAUAUGAACUACAACUUCACACCGGGGCUUUUUACACUCCUAAGACGCUACUCCAACAUCCAUUAUGUGUACAGUCCAUGAUCCAAGUGUUGAACAACUUGAUUUUGAAGAACUCUUCCAUAUCGGCCUCUCAAACAUCACUCAAAUUGGAACGCCUCAAAGUUAAGACCGCUUUAACUUUGAAAGACCCUCAAAUCGCAUCUAUUUGGAAAGAGAUACCCCUCAGUGUUGCAAAACUUCUUCAGUGUUUUCACCUUGAACCUUCUGCAGUUGCAACAGUAUCGUGCAAACAACAGGAGGCUAGUGAGGCUCGUGGUAGCUACCCAGCUGUUGAACAUACUUCAGCACUUGGAGAUAUCGAUGUCAACAUGAGUGAGAUUGACGAUGCUGCCUCUGCACAUCACAACAGUCAAACGUCAAAAGUAUCAAGUGUUCGAACACAAUACUCUCGCACUGCUAAGUCCCACACCGCCACGGAAACUUCUGAGGAUACAAGCAAACGGGAUUCUGAAUCAUCCGAAAAGUCCGAUAGCACAUUUAUAAUCCCAACCGGUCCCAGCAUUGCGAUCCAUGAACUUGAGAUGAAUGUACCUUCGGAUUACGGAGAAAAAAUCGGAGCUGAUAUCAUAUUACAUACUACAUCACCUAAAUGGAAGAAGUACUUACCAACUCCCGAAAUCAGCGCCUCUAUCAACCCACUAUUACAGGCCAUGGGCUGCAGUACCGAAGUGAGUUUAGAGAUGACGUCUAAUUGGCGACACAGCGGUAAAUCUUUCAGCAUAUACGGUGAACACGUAGGAAAUAGUUACGUAGAGUUCUUCCAACAGGGCAAAAAAGACAACCCAACUGUUUCCAUUGUCAGUCUUCGAAGUAUGAGUUUAGCAGACAUGUCUUCAAGUUAA